AUGAUUUCACAAAUUUUUAUUAUAUCGCCUCAACGUGGAGAUAUGCUUAUAUCUCAUGAUUAUCGUUAUGAUAUACAACAAGAUGUGGCAGAUCUACUUCUUGAACGAAUACAUAGUUGGCAUAAAGAACAUGGAAUAUUAGAUCAAGGCUUGCCACCAGCAUUUAAUGUUGAUGGAGUUCAAAUUCUAUUUACUAAUGUUCAAGGACUAUAUUUUGCAUGCACAACAAAAUUUAAUGUUUCACCUUUCAUGGUUUAUGAAUUACUUGAUCGUAUAGUGGCAUUGAUUAAAGAAUUUUGUGGUGUUUUAAGUGAAGAAAGUAUACGAUUAAAUUCUAGUUUGGUUUAUGAGUUGUUGAAUGAAGUGAUUGAUUAUGGGUAUCCACAGACUACAAUAACUAAUCAAUUGAUCAAUUAUGUUUAUGAGGAUCAAGUGUCAGUUAAACGAGAAAAUAUUAUUACAAAUUCAUUGGCAAAAUUAAAAUCGUCAGGAACUAUUUUAGGAUCUUCUGGUAGUAAACCUAUAACUUAUGGUCGAUUAGAUAAUAAAAACACAAGACAAAAUGAAGUUUUUGUUGAUAUUAUUGAAAGAUUAGUAGCAACGUUCUCAUCAAAUGGAAUGACAGUUCAAUCUGAGAUAUAUGGAGGGAUUCAAGUGAGGAGUUAUUUACAACCAAAUUCAGAAAUACAUGUUGGUUUACAUAAUAAUUUUACAAUUGCUCAAGAUAGAGAAUUUAUUUCUAUGAGUUAUCAAGUUUCUGGUAAUUUUGGAUUACCAUUUCGAGUGUUCCCAAGUAUUUCUGAUAUUUCUGAUGACUCAAAUAGAAUCGAUGUUACUAUACGUGUUCGAGCUGAUAUCCCUGAUAAUUUUAUUGUCAAUAAAUGUUUAGUUAUUAUACCUGUUCCAAGAGCAACUUUAAGUGUUUCUAAUGAAAAUUUGGAUGGAUCAAUUGAUCAAUUGGCUCAAUAUGAUAAUCAAUCAAGAAAAGUUAUUUGGACUAUUGUUAAAUUUAAAGGUGGCACUGAACAAUCAAUCAAGAUUAAGAUUACUGGUAUUAAAUCAUUGUCACCUGUGUCAUUAUUGGAAAUGUGA